AUGCUCACGGAGUCUAUCGUGGAGCGUGCGACGCAAAAACACGGACCGGCCAGCACCACCAAACCGAACAGCAGCAGGAUUGUCGCCAGGCGCAACCGGAUCGCUGCUACCACCGCCACCGGCGACCAUCGGCCUGCUGGAGCCGCGACCAAACCACGCACUCUAGUGCAGCGAUUCCGCGCGCACCUGCGACGCCGGGCGCGCAAACUGACGCGCAACUCGUGCUGCUCGUCGCAGGAUAAUCUCGGCGCGUCCGAGUACCGGAAGGAUCGCCGGGUGCACGGUCUCCAGCUGCCAUUGCAUCCGCUCCAGCUGCUCGGCUGGUUCGCUCUCGCCCUGUUCGGUGGCUCCACCUUCGGGGUGCUGAUUCCGGUGCUGGAGCCGUCCCUCCAGACCCCGCUGUACGUCGGUCUCGCGGCGCUCUACGCCCUGCACGGCCUUUCGCACCUAACGGCCCUUUUGCUCGAUCCGGCCGACCCGGAGCUACGCCGGUUGCCGGCCAGCAAAACGGUCGUUCCCGAGUUCGACCGCACCAAGCACUCGCACGUGAUCGAGAACGGCCGCUGCCACCUGUGCAACAUCCGGACGACGAGCGCGCGGACGAAGCACUGCAGCGUGUGCAACAAGUGCGUCGGCACGUUCGACCAUCACUGCAAAUGGUUAAACCACUGCGUCGGCGGACGGAACUAUGUUGCCUUCCUUAUGUGCGUGGUGAGCGCGGUCACGGCGGCGCUGGUCAUCCUGGCCGCGGCCAUCAUCGAGAUCGUGCUGUACCAUGUGCAGCCCGGCUGGCUGAACCUUGCCUGGUUCGGGCUCCCGGCUGACCCGGUGCCGGAGGACACCUCCACCGCGGCGGGCGAUCUGCUUGAGAAUCUGACCACCUCGGCCCAGGACCUCCUGCUUAAUGGCACGGUGAUUGGGAUCUUCAUCGGUGGCGGGGAUGCGGCUGCCAAUGGAACCGAGGAGCCACCGGCAGCGGCGACGACCGACGGAACUACCAGUGACGCUGGAACCCAGCUGACCACCGGCAUCGGACUGCACAACACGGUGUUCCUGGUGUUCGUCGCCUCGCUCGGAAUACUGGCCGCCAUCGCGGCCGGACUGCUGCUGCAUCUGUGCUGCUUUCACGUGUACAUUUCCUUCCUCGGCCUCACCACCUACGAGUACAUCCGGAACAAUCGGCAGUCGGCGGCCGCGAAUGGAGCCAGUGGUCCCGCCGAAACGCAGCUACCGAAUGGUCCGCUCGGCCCCCAGGACCGAUGCCGGGCCUGUGGUUGGCUGGAGAACUGUGACCACGUCGACGGCCGUCGCAAGUCGCCCCCGGAUGCGAAGGCGCCGGAUUCACUUCCGCCGCCCGGGCAACUGAACGAUCUGAAUCGCGUCCGGCCACGGACCCUGCACUGUUGCGACAGUAGCUCGACCGAGUGCCGGAACAACAUUACCGCUGCGGGGCUAAGGACACUUUCGACUAACGUUGCUUCCUCGUCUACGUCCGCGACGACCACUUGCCCUCAGGAGGUCGAAGACAAGCAGGAGGGUUCGCGGACGUUCCACUGUUGUUCGCAGUACAGCCGCCAGAUGGCGGCACACCAUUCCUCGACGAUGACGACGAACAACAACCAGCAGCAACAGCUGCACCAGUUUCCGUUCCACGCACACCAGCACAGCCACGGCAGCAACGACUUUCUGGCCGCGGCCACGGCCGCCACGCUGAUGGCCACCACGAUGACGACACUGACGACGACCACCACCACGUCGGAGGAAGCGUACGUGCAGUACACGGAGCGCUGCACUUUCUGCAGCUUUCAGGUCCAGAAACCAACGCCUCGCGGAGGACCGCAGGAAGUUCCGGCCGUCCGCCCUGAAAAUCAUCAUCCGCUGCGUGCCGUUGGCGGGAAGGCUUCGGUGACGGACGCAGGAGUGGCGUGCUGUGCUACGGCCACGUCCGGGAAGCACCACCGAUGGAAGAGGAAGUGGAACUGUUGCUCGGCCGUUCCCGACAGUCCGGAUGUGCCGCCGAUGCUGGCGACCGAGGCGGUUGGCAUCGUGCGGACCAUCUCCGGGACGCUUUCGGUGGCCGCCUCCCGAUCGGUGCUGAGUGCCAGCGGCGGCGGCGGCGGCGGCGGUCUCCCGUCGAUCAUGACCGUGGCCGAACAGCAGCAACCGAAAUACCGGACUCGGUACCGGCAGCAGCAGCAACAGGAGCAGAUAUCCUAUGCCACCGCCACCGGGGCCGCCGCGGAGUCACCGCGACUCCGGCGGUCAGAACUGAUGUAUAAUGAAAACUGUGCCAACAAUAACUCUGUUAGUAGCAACGCUAGUGUUAGUCGAACCCCCCCAAGCCCGUGCCGGAGUCCACGGUCACCUCCACGGGCACGCCGGUGCAACGAUAACGGGAACCGGAUCUACGGCGACGAUUCUCCGAUCCAGAUUCUCCACUCCGAUGCCAAUGGAAACGAGCUGGCGCUGGAUGGCGGUGGCGACCGGUUGGAGAGCGGAACUCCGACGCCACCACCACCGCCACUGACAGCGUCCCAGCAGGCGGCCAACGUUUCACCCGCUCCGAAGCGUCCCCGAGCGAGACUCGUAAGGCCGUGGCCCGUGGUCCGUCUGCGGCACAUGAUUCGAAUGAUCGAUCGCUACCGAAGACCACGAGCCCGGUCGUCGGCCAGUGCGUCGUCGACCGCGGGCUGUCCCGGAGGAAGUGGCCCUUCUAGUCCGCCACUUCCCGGUGGUCCUUCAUCGGCCGGAACACCCGCUCCACCCAAGCAGAAUCAGAUCCGACCGAUGUCCUCGUGCGAGUAUGCCAGUGCGCUGCUCUCGGUACCCGGCUUCGGAGCUUCGGUGUUGGCCGCUGCCGCUGCGUCGUCUUUUGCGUCCGAAGUGACCCAGGAUCCAGAUCGACCGAUGGCAAUCACGAUGCCGGUGCUGCCGCCACCGACACGUCGCCGGCUGAAGGGUGGCGGUGGAGGGAUCAGUGAACCGCUGCCCGAGCUGCUGGUUGACGUCGAUCAGCAUUCACCGCCACCGGCAGCUUCCGGAUCGGCGGUCCGAGUUCCGGUCCAUCCACCUCUGGCGUACCGUAGAAGCCGCCGGAAGAACGUGCUCCGCAAUCGCAGCCCCACACUGUCACCGAUACACGAGUCCGGGUUGUCGAAUCCAACCUCUCCGCUGCCCUGCCGGCACGUCUGUGCACCCGUCACACCCAGCUCGGCUGGCGUGACCACCGGAACCGGGACGGGCAACCUGUUGAUCCGCCAGCUGGAGGCCAGCGCCGACCUCUCCCCAUGA